AAAAUUGAAAUUAUCGGUCCAUUUGGUUUUUCCAUUAACACCGCAAUAAAAUAACCAUAAAAUAUCCCGAUUUUGAUUUGUUUCCUACUUCAAGUGUUAGAUGAAGGCAUGAAGGUCGUACUCGUCGUAAUUUGUAUAGGCUUUUUACCGGCAGCGUGGAAAUGCGAGGAGACCCUUAUCAACGCCAGGUUCGAUUUGGAGCCAAGAACCCGUGGGAUAACACUGUAUAAUGUAGGAAAAUUCAGAAAAUUCAAGAAGGCCUACGAAAAUGACUUAGCGCCGAAGAAAUCGAACGUUCUGGGUUUGUACGGCGCCUUCGGGUCGGAUCCCCUAGCAGCGGUGAAACCCGAACAGAAGCCUAGAGUCAAGAAAGUCUUGUCUUUCUAUACGGAACCUGCGGUCCGUGCCAAGCGAUCCGCUAAGGGCGGCAAAGUGAUCAAAAUCAAAGCCCGGAGUGAGAAAAAGGCAGUCCAACGCUCGAAUCCCAAGCAUAAAAGCCAGAAAAAACAUACAAAUCUCUCGAAACGAAGUAAGCACAGCAAGAAAGCCGUGAGAGGCAAAUCCAAACAUAAGUUGAGAAGUAAGACCGUUGAAAGAAUUGCAAACAAAUCGGCAAAAGAGAAACUAAAUAAAAUGAUUAAAAAAUUACAAGUCGGAAGAAAGGGUAAAACUAAGAAAGCAGCAGCCAAGAGACAUGGAAGAGACGGGAAGAAAGCAAAACCAAAAAAUAAGAAGCCCUUAAGCAAAGGUAGUGGCAGAAGAUUGAUAGCAGCACAUGAUGCGCUGAUAGAAGAUUAUCCAUAUGUUGUGUCGAUACAGAAGAAAGGGGUGCACUGGUGCUCCGGAGCCUUGUUGAACCCAAGAGUCGUUAUCACUACUGCUAACUGCCUUUGGAGAUCGAACCGCGUGAGUCGGAUGACAGUUCGCGCGGGGUCCCGGUACCCCGAGCGCGGGGGCCAGGUGGCCAACAUAGCUGAAGUGAGGACUCACCCCAAGUGGAGCAUCCGCAGCCUCCCCGACAAUGAUGUUGGCCUGGUGCUGCUGGACAGAGACAUAAGAUUCUCAGAAAAUGUCCACAGUGUAGAUCUGCCCGGAAAGCGUAUGAUGCCAAAGUUCCAAGACGCAUGGGUUACCAGUUUUGGUACUGAUAGACGAGACGGUCUAGUGACGAACCCCGAGCGUUCACUGCAGAUGUACCACGGGAGAUUACUGUCGCGGUCGCAGUGCAACAACGUCACCAUGAGAUACGGCGUCGGCGUGUCAGACAACUUCCUCUGUAUCGCCCAGGCUGGACAUAGAGCGCCGUGUACGCGGGACACUGGAGCUCCGGCAGUCAGCGAUGGGGUCGUAUGGGGAGUCGCUUCAUGGGGUAUCAGAAAAUUAUGCGGAACGGAGCGGUUCCCGGCCAUGUUCUCGUACCUGGGUUCACCGAGCAAUGUGGAAUUCAUAUCUGACACUCUUUUGGACUUCAUGAGUGAUGAGCGCCGCAAUCCCUUCCCCGACAGACUCCCUCCCACCACUUCCACUCGACGCUCUACUACUAGAACUACCAGGAGCACAACAAUAGACAGCAAUGACCGUUCCACGCUCAAGUCUUUGACGUAGCGAAUAUAAAGGAGAGUGUAUAAAAACUUUCCCAGUCCA